AUGCUCUCCGCGCUUUCUCGUGGCCAGGCGUCACACGUUCCGCCAGUGAAGCAUGUACGCUUCAAGGCCGUGAUCAAGAAGAAGGCCGUGCGCGUUGGCACGAAGCUGGGAAAGAAAUGGGGAAACCAGGAGAACAAGGGACCGGCAAAGGUCCAGUCAGGAAAGCGUAUAGCUUUCCGACCGAUGCCUCCGGCGCAACUCGAGGUUAAUCCCUUGUUCGCACAUCGUGUCGAGUCCAUUAGCGUCCCAGACUUCCAGCCGGCUGCUUUGACACCAGAUAACACCGGCAAAGCUAUGGGGCUACUCUCAUACCAGACUGACCCGGUGUGGAAGUUUGGUGCACCAAGAAAUGUCAUCUACGACUUGCGCCUAUUGACCAAACCUGCUGCCGUCAUUCGGGAUGUUACCGUGAAGACGGUGGACACACUGAACGAAGCAGGGAAGGCGAGCAGCAAGGACAGUCGCUACGUCAUUUAUGGCGAGGCUGGGAGCGGGAAGAGCUAUACAUUAUUGCAAGCAGUUCAAUACGCACGAGCAGCAAAAUGGCUCGUCAUGUACAUCCCUCGAGCUGUAAGCUUGGUCAACUCCACCACGAACUUCUCCUACGACAUGCGAACCCAAACAUACGUUCAACCCGUUUUCGCCAGGAGUACAUUAUCGCGGUUCUUGACAGUGAACGAGGCGCUGCUGUCACACCUGAAGCUGGAGAGCCCGGUGGAGGUCGACCAGAAUACGACCGUACCUGCUGGGGCAUCAUAUGCCGAUCUCGUACGAAUUGGUACGGAUAAUGUGGCACUGGCGCCAAACGCGUUGUCCGGAUUACUGGAGUCUCUCGGAAAGCAGACCAAGUAUCCUUUCCUGCUGGCCGUAGAUGACUUCCAAGCUCUCUUCAGCAAGAGCGCCUACAAGUCGCCACACUUUGAGACCAUCAAGUCGUGGCACUUGUCCAUGCCGCGCCUUCUGCUUGACUACUUUAGCGGCAAGCGUACCUUCGCUCGCGGGGCUGUCCUUGGUGCCAUUUCGAAUACCAACAGGGCGUACUCGCUCUCCCCUGCACUGCGCCAGGCACUCAACAUUCAACCCGAGCUCGGCGCACCACCAUUUUCGAAAGUUGCCCCGGAGUUGAUAGCUUACACGCGAGGCAUCAAGACCAUUGAGGUCCCGAGCCGGUUGCAGAUCAAAGAGGCUGCGUCUGUCUUCGAGAUCUGGAUGAAGAACUCGUCGUUGCACACCCCUGCGAAUGACGAGCUGUUCAUGUCGAAGUACGCCGAGACGUCUGGCAACGCGCGCGACUUCGUCUGGAAGGGUCUUCUUGCGACGUUGCGCACUUGA